AUGCCGCAGCCAACCGUAACAAUCGAUCUCGAUAACCACCACUCCCCGUCGCAUAGCUCACAGUCAUCCUACACGGACGGAGGCAGCUCAACAGGUACUGGAGUCCAUGUCUCAAAUACCAUCGAUAGCCCGGAAGAUUCUGACCUUCUAGACGAUACAUGGGAUCCAGUAUAUUCCGACGACCUCGAACCCUCAGAGUCUGCUCCUCGUUCCAGACAGCAGCCGGUAUAUAGGGACUCGAGCCAACCCGCGCCGUCGAUCCGCAGAGGCUCUUCUCGAAGGCAGGCAUCGUCGUCUGACCACAGCUCUCGCCACCAGCAACCCCGCGCGCAUCGGCCAAGGCCGAACCCGCCAUCGAGUGUGGCUUCCAUAGAAGACUACCCGGGCUAUGGCCGAGGCUACCCACCGCAAAAUCCUCCAUAUGGCGGCAGGGCUCCUCCGCCCCCGGCAGGAUACCCGCCAAGCUUUGCCUCCGGCUACACUGGAGCUGGGCCGCCACCACCUUUCCCCGGAGCAGCUGGGUCGGUAGUGCCGUUCGGGCCGCCUCCUAGCUCGCACGGGUAUCCCCAGAACCCCUUCUCACCCGCCGGCGGCGGUGGCCAGCACGGCUACUAUCCGCCAGGACAGCACUAUCCUCCUGGCCAGCAGCCACCUGGCGGCUUUGGUGGGCAUGAAAUGAUGCCAUACGGGCAAGCGCCACCAUACGGCGGGUACCCUCCAUACGGGGUGCCGCAUCAAGGCCAAGGAACAUCGGGAAGCCAAUCACCUUAUUAUCACUAUUCUCAGCCGGUCCCGCCUCCCCACGAGUCGCCUGCACCAACUCCAGCCCCGGCACCUGCGCCGGCGACUCCAGCACCACCUCCCGCGCCUGUACCUGACCCCGAAGUGGAAAAGAAGUUGGCAGAACUUGAAAAGGCACUUCAAGAAUCACGAAAACUUUUCAACGACAAGGUGGCGCAAGAGCAAAAGGCAAGGGAUGACGCCGAACAUGCUGCCGCCACAAAUAAAAAGGUCGCCGAGGAAGUUGCCAAGAUGAAGGCAGCGAUGGAAGAGGCGGCAAGAGCUAAGGAAGUUGCCGACGCGAAGGCCAAGUUUGACGCUGAGGUUGCCGCCGUGCAGAAGGUAAAGGACGACGCGGAGAAGGCAAUAGUUGAAGCCGAGGCGAAGAAGAAGUUCGAAGCAGAUUUGAAGGCCAAAUUUGAAGAGGAGAUCAAGGUGGCCAAGGCUAAAGCAGACGCCGCAAAAGCUGAAGCCGAGGCAAAGAACAAGUACGAAGCAGAUUUGAAGGCCAAAUUUGAGGAGGAGAUCAAGGCGGCUAAGGCUGAAGUGGACGCCGCAAAAGCUUUGGCUGCCCCGCCGAAGGACGAGAAGAAGAAGCCGAUUAAGUUCAAGGAUGCUGUCGGCCGCAAGUUCAGUUUCCCGUACCACCUUUGCCAAACAUGGGCAGGCAUGGAAGAUCUCAUCCGACAAGCAUUCCUUCACGUGGACGUCAUUGGCCCUCACGUCCAGGAAGGCCAUUAUGACCUGAUUGGACCCAAUGGCGAGAUUAUUCUUCCCCAAGUAUGGGAGACGAUGAUUGAGCCCGACUGGGCAAUUACAAUGCACAUGUGGCCUAUGCCCGAGCCUCCAAAGCCAGAACCUGGCCCGCCUCCGCCACCUCCCCAAGCUCAUGGAGGGAAACGACACUCGCAGAAGGCGCCGCCUAAGAGGCGAGACGGGCCUCCCCCCCCACCACCCCCUGAUGGUGGCUGGGCUGGUGGUCCUGGAGGAAUAACUGCGGGUGUUCUGGUGAUGGAUGACAAUGUUCCGAAGAAGAAGAAGACCGAGAAAUCAUCUUGGAGUCUAUUUGGAAGCGGCGGAAGCAAACCUGCGAAGAGUGGGAAGGGAAGGGCAAAGAAGGGUUGAGCAUGAUGCUUUUUGGCAAAAUAUUAGCCACGUUUGAAGAAACUAAGGGGCGGGGGCCGUCAUGGACGACGGCUCUACGCGGCCACUGUCUGGUAGAGCACAGGCGACUCAGAACUGCGCAAGCCAAGUUGAGAUCGCAAGUUCUGGUCACGACGCUCCAAGAGGUAUACCUGGAGCAUUUAUGUCUCGCCGACACGUGGAGGGAGGGGAGGAAUAUGUAGCAACUUCACGACUUUAUUUAUCGAUGUAGCAUUUGGGAUAUAUGGAGUUGUUAUACCCUUGUUGGAGGAUUUAGAUUUGAUGACUAUUUAUACGACCUGUUAUUAUAUGAGAAUGGUGUCAAUUGAUAUACGAGG